AUGUCUCUCCCCGAAAGGCCCGGUGCGAGAACCUCGUACGAGCAGCGCACCGCUUACAGGCAGUCCACUCGGCGCAGCCGUCCACAUGACAUCGAGGCUGGCGGUCGUUAUGGGAAUGAGGGCACGAUGCAUUCCCGUGGGAACUCAUCUCACUCCGUUGCGACAACUGUGCCGCCUCCUUCUAACACCACUACAGAUGAAGUGCCUCUGUCGCCGGACCUAGAGAGCGCCGGCGUGCGUGGCGAUGCAGCUCUUUCGCGGAAACGAAGCUUGGUCAAGCCGGAACGGAACAGAAUCGGGAAAGACCAUCCAAACUACCACUACCGUCAACAUUCAGCGAAAAUGCAGACGAAGCCGUCGCGGACCGGCAACGAACCAGUCUACGAGGAUAUCGAAGGGACCACCUAUGUGACCACGUCGAACCGGGAAGACGCCCUCUCCGAAUCGAUCGCAUCGAAGGGCAAGAAAGGGAGCAGUAGAGACAGCGGCGAGGCCGAGAAGUCGAAACACUCUAGGAAAAGGGCAAACAGCCGGAAACAUUCGGGCAAAAUCACGAAGAAGGGCUCAAAACACAGAAAGGAUGUGGAGCAGAUACGCCCACCGAGUCUCUGGGACAUCUACUGCGCCAUUAUCACGUUCUGGUGUCCGAAUUUCGUCCUGAAAUGCUUCGGGAAGAGAUCGAAAGACCAAGCUCGAGCCUGGCGAGAGAAGAUGGGACUUUUGAGCAUCAUCGCAUUGAUCAUGGCGGUCGUCGGCUUCUUGACCUUUGGGUUCACCCGCACAGUCUGUGGCACACCAUCGCAGCGCCUCCAAGUAAAUCACGUUGGCGGUGGUUACAUGAUUUUCCACGGGCAAGCUUACGAUCUCUCUGCGUCUCAUCAUCCGCCGGCUGAGGGCAUCCCUAGGUCGGGUAACUCAGGGGCGAAUGUUCUGUUUGACCUUCCGGAGAAGCAGGGUGGUAAAGACGGGAGCUUCUUGUUCCAAAACGUCAACGGGAAAUGCAAGGACUUGAUCACCUUGGCUGACGGCUCAGACGUGCCCACAAACAGCAAGGGCGAGCUGGCUUGGUACUUCCCGUGCAAUACCUUCAACCAGGACGGGUCUACGCAGCCCAAUUUCACAAAUCCGUACUACCUUGGCUACGCUUGUCACACCACCGCAGACUCACGAAACACGUUCUAUGCGCUGAACCCGACAGCUGACGUCUAUUUUGAUUGGAGCGAUGUCAAGAAUAGCUCGCGGAAUCUUGUUGUAUACUCCGGGGACGUCCUCGAUCUGGAUCUGCUCAACUGGUUCAACUCAUCGCAGGUCUCGGUCCCUGAUCGCUUCAAAGAACUCGCCGACAGCAACUCCUCGGCAAACAAGGCUGUCAGGGGUCGCGAUGUCACUCACGCUUUCAUGAAGUCAGGAGACAAGGCGGCGGCUGAAUGCCUUCAGCAAAUCAUCAAGGUUGGAUCAGUGGACUCCGACUCGGUGGGCUGCAUUGCCUCGCAAGUUGUCCUGUAUCUUUCUCUUGUUCUGAUUCUGUCAGUUGUCGUCGUCCGUUUUGUCCUGGCCUUGAUCUUUCAGUGGUUCAUAAGCCGGCGAUACGCAGCGGCCAAGACGUCUCAGUCAUCGGACAGGAGGAAGCGCAACCAGCAAAUCGAAGAGUGGUCAGAGGACAUCUACCGCGCACCAGCACGCCUGCCAGGUGAUGUCGGAAGCAGUGUAGCAGGAGCCUCAUCUGACCGCACCAGCAAACGUGCCAGCACGUUCCUGCCCACAACGUCGCGGUUCUCAACCGUGUACGGUGUCGACCGGAACUCCCGGAGGCCUACUAUGCCCACGACGAUGGCUAGUCAAAGCUCUGGAGCUGCCUUGCUUCAUCCGACCUCCAUGUACGGGCAGGGAAAUCCCAGCCGUAACAGCUUCUUGGCUUCCGAUCCGUACGGCCCUCAGCCCAGCCCACAGAUGGGCCUGGCCCUGCCGGCUUCAUACACGAGGCAGUUCCACAAGUGCAUUCUCGUUAUCUGCGACGGUAUCAUCAAGGGCAAGGGCGAGAGCAUGUCGACACCCGACUACUGUCUGAGCAUGAUGAAGGAUUUUACCAUUUUACCUGAGGAAGUACAGCCAUUUUCGUACGUCGCCGUUGCUACGGGCUCCAAGCGACACAACAUGGCCAAGAUCUACUCUGGCUUCUACGACUACGGUCCCAAGUCUCGCAUUCCUUUGGAGAAGCAACAACGCGUCCCGAUGAUGCUGGUGUCCAAGUGUGGUACGCCCGACGAGGCCACCAAAUCGAAGCCUGGAAACCGAGGCAAGCGCGACAGUCAGAUCAUUCUCAUGUCCUUCCUGCAAAAGGUCAUGUUUGACGAGCGGAUGACUGAACUCGAGUAUGAAAUGUUUAAUGGCCUGUGGAAAAUCACUGGAAUAUCUCCCGACUUCUACGAAAUAGUGUUGAUGGUAGACGCCGAUACGAAGGUGUUCCCUGAUAGUCUCACCCACAUGGUCUCCGCCAUGGUCAAGGAUCCUGAGAUCAUGGGCUUGUGCGGCGAGACAAAGAUCGCCAACAAACGGGACAGCUGGGUCACGGCGAUCCAGGUCUUCGAAUAUUUCAUCUCACAUCACCAGGCCAAGUCGUUCGAAUCGGUCUUUGGUGGUGUUACCUGUCUACCCGGUUGUUUCUGCAUGUACCGAAUCAAGGCUCCGAAAGGAGGUGCGAACUACUGGGUCCCCGUCCUGGCCAACCCCGACGUGGUUGAGCAUUACUCAGAAAACGUGGUGGACACCCUGCACAAGAAGAACUUGCUCCUUCUGGGUGAGGAUCGUUACCUCACGACCCUUAUGCUCCGGACAUUUCCCAAGCGAAAACAGGUCUUUGUCCCUCAAGCAGUCUGCAAGACCACGGUGCCUGAUAAGUUCAUGGUUCUCCUGUCUCAAAGGCGUCGCUGGAUCAACUCGACCAUCCACAACCUCAUGGAGCUCGUACUCGUCAGAGAUCUGUGUGGCACCUUCUGCUUUAGUAUGCAGUUUGUGGUGUUCAUCGAGUUGAUGGGCACACUGGUUCUGCCCGCUGCUAUUGCAUUCACCCUCUACGUCGUUGUCUCAUCCAUCAUCGGGCCAGCCCAAGUUAUUCCCUUGGUCCUGCUCGCUCUGAUUCUGGGCUUGCCAGGCGUCCUCGUGGUCGUGACGGCACAUUCAUGGACAUACAUCGUCUGGAUGAUCAUCUACCUGGUUUCCCUACCUAUCUGGAACUUUGUCCUGCCAACUUACGCCUUCUGGAAGUUUGAUGACUUCUCGUGGGGUGACACUCGCAAGACCGCGGGUGAGUCCAAGAAGGGCGGCCAUGGUGAGCAAGAGGGCGAGUUCGACAGCAGCAAGAUCACCAUGAAGCGGUGGGCCGAAUUCGAGCGCGAGCGCAGAACGCGGAGCCAGUACUGGAGUUCGAAGGAUAACAUCCCGGGCAACACCGGUAGUGGUUACUGGGCUGCAACUCCGUCGCCUGGUUACCACGACGAGUAUUAUUCGGAUGCAUGA